AUGACCCUGGUCAGCAGCAAGCGCUCCAGCAGCUUCAAGCGGGCCAUUGCGAACGGACAGCGAGCCCUGCCCCAGGAUGGCCUGCUGGACGAGCCGGGCCUGGGCGUCUACAAGCGGUUCGUUCGCUACGUGGCCUACGAGAUCCUGCCCUGCGAGGUGGACCGCCGCUGGUACUUCUACCGGCACCGCAGCUGCCCGCCCCCCGUGUUCAUGGCCUCGGUCACCCUUGCCCAGAUCAUCGUGUUCCUGUGCUACGGAGCGCGCCUCAACAAGUGGGUGCUGCAGACCUACCACCCCGAGUACAUGAGGAGCCCCCUGGUGUACCACCCUGGGCACCGCGCCCGGGCCUGGCGCUUCCUCACCUACAUGUUCAUGCACGUCGGGCUGGAGCAGCUGGGGUUCAAUGCCCUGCUGCAGCUGAUGAUCGGCGUGCCCUUGGAGAUGGUGCACGGCCUGCUUCGGAUCAGCCUGCUCUACCUGGCCGGCGUGCUGGCAGGCUCCCUGACGGUCUCCAUCACUGACAUGCGGGCCCCCGUGGUGGGGGGCUCCGGCGGGGUCUAUGCCCUGUGCUCGGCACACCUGGCCAACGUCGUCAUGAACUGGGCCGGGAUGCGGUGCCCCUACAAGCUGCUGAGGAUGGUGCUGGCCCUGGUGUGCACUACGAGGAGCGCCUGCGGGACCAGUGCGGCUGGUGGGUGGCGCUGCUGGCCUGGCGGGCUCCUGCUAUCUUUUGGUCAGAGCCAUCUGACUGGCUCCUGGCCCCCCCCCCCCCCCAGGGAGCUGGAAGAGUGUCAGCGGAACCAUGAAGGUGACGAGGAUGACAGCCAUGUCCGGGCCCAGCAGGCCUGCAUCGAGGCCAAGCACGACAAAUUCAUGGCAGACAUGGAUGAGCUCUUCUCUCAGGUGGACGAGAAGAGAAAGAAGCGAGACAUCCCUGAUUACCUGUGUGGCAAGAUCAGCUUUGAGCUGAUGCGGGAGCCUUGCAUCACACCAAGUGGUAUCACCUAUGACCGUAAAGACAUCGAGGAGCACCUGCAGCGUGUGGGCCACUUUGACCCUGUGACCCGGAGCCCUCUGACCCAGGAACAGCUCAUCCCCAACCUGGCCAUGAAGGAGGUCAUCGAUGCGUUCAUCUCUGAGAACGGCUGGGUGGAGGACUACUGAGACCCCCCUUUGCCCUGUUGUGCCUGGUACCCUGGUCCAGGAGGGCUCUGGGACAGAGGCCCCAGGCCCUGUACAGUCUGUGUCCCUGGGUCUGCCCGUCAGCUCUGCUGGUGGGCUCUGGACAGCGCCUCCUUGCAGUAGAACCUUGCUGGGCUUGAGCCUCCCGUCCCCCUUCUAGGCUGGAAACGCUGGUGAGGUGGAUUGGACUGAGGCUGCUGCUGCUGCCACUGUCCUGUAAUAAAAUCUGUAAGCACUACGUGGA